AUGAUCGACGCCGUCAAGGGAAGCGAGAUCCACAAGUACAUGGGCACCAUGUUCGGCUUUGUUGAUGCCAUGGACAAGUUCGGUCCCAUCCGGACCGAGCCUGUUCUCAUUGUCGAUGGUGGCCUGGGUCACGACGUCGCCAGCUACGCGUGUGCCUCGUACCUUCGCCAGAAGCGGAACGGCAUGAUGGAGCUGUUCAAGAUCUCGACUGUGGCCCGCAAGGCGACCUGGGGUCUGCUUGUGAAGAGUGACAGAGAAACAGGCAAGAAAGCCUUCAGCUUCAGCGUCAACCAGGCCUUCUACGGCGGAUACAUCACCGGGGCCAAACGCAAGGAAUGGUUCCAGCUUGCGGCCAACGGUGGCCUCACCGUCGACCACGAGCUCGUCGACGAAGCUUUUCUCUUGCGGCAGCGCUUUGAAUUGCCCAAACCCAUGGGCCAGUAUGUGUUUUUCAACGACGUCACCGACGAUGAGUUCCGCAAGGUGCUCGCCAAGCACUAG